UAAAUUUUUCCACGAACACUGGUUUUUAAGCUUCUCUCUCUCUCUCUCUCAUUCUGCCAUUUUUAAUGCUCCAAGUACUUCUUCUCUACCGCCUGAAGAACUCCAUUCCUCACUGCUUUCUUCUUUCUGAAACGAACCUUUUGGUCAAUUUUUGUACCCUUUUUGUUAGAUCUGUGUUUUGUGCUCUUUUUUAUUCGUUCUGGCUGUUUUUGGUUGCGAACUUGCGAUUUGGAAAUGGGAUCUGUUUGCUGAGAGGUAAUUUGUAGAUUAGAACAUGGAGGUUGAGAAGAAACGCUCCAAAGGAGGCUUUCUUAACUUGUUUGAUUGGAAUGGCAAAUCUCGGAAAAGGCUGUUCUCAAGCAGUAAUGAGUUAUCUGGAUUGAAGCAAGGAAAAGAAAAUGUUGACAACUUGUCAAAAUCACAGCUCUUUCAGUUAGAAGCAAGUGAAGAUAGAGCAAGUUCUAGUUAUAAAUUAACCGAUGAUUGGGAUUUUUCUUUGACCAAAACCAGUGAAGAAAAAUCUGGGGGCCGAGUCCCCAGUGUAGUUGCUAGACUUAUGGGGUUAGAUUCAUUGCCUUCUAACGCUCCCGAGCCUUGUUCUACCUCAUCUUUCGAAUCCCGCUCCGUCCGGGCGUCUCAUCAUGAUAACUCUAAUGUAUGGAACAGUCAUUCUAUGGAUUAUAUUGGUAUGCCCAACAAACUAGAGAGGUUUUCUGGGAAUCUCUUAGAUUUCAGGGCGCAAAAAGUACCCAAAAGUCCUAUUGAGAGAUUUCAAACUGAAGUAUUGCCUCCAAAGUCUGCUAAAUCUAUACCUAUAACUCAUCAUAAGUUGUUGUCUCCUAUCAAGAGCCCUGGGUUUACUCCAACAAUGAACACAGGUUACUUAAUGGAGGCAGCUACCAAGAUAAUUGAGGCAAGUCCAAGGAAACCCCUGAAGAGUAAAAUGCCAUCUAUUACCAAUUCCUCAGCGCCCUUGAGAAUCCGGGUUUUGAAAGAGAAUUUGGAAACGGCACACAAGUCUACAGGAAUCAAAAAACCAACAGAAAAUCGAAAAGGGAAGGCUAGUGAACAGAAUUAUAGUGGAUCUGAACAACUUCUAGCGUCAAGGACUGAUUCCAUUGGAGGUGGUAGAAUUAACUCCAACACUUCAAAAGAUAAAGGAAGACCAGCUUCCGUUGCAGGGCAAGCUAGAGCUAAUCUUCACAGUAGAGGGGAAUCAACUUCUUGUAGUGACAGGAGUUCAAUGGAUCGGAAAGAGCAUAAUGAAGUGAAAUCGAGACAACUUUUCGGGAGCCAGCCCAGCUUGCAAAAACCAAUGCAGAAGAGAACCGUGAAGAGAAAUAACAAUGUUCUUGCACAAAACAAUCAGAAGCAGAAUUCUUUACCCAACAAAGAAAAAUUGCCUUCAAAACCUUCAAAGGUUUUGAAUCAACCUGUCAAAAGGAUUCAGUCUGCUAGAAAAUCUGUAAAUAAGGAUGUUAUCAACUCCGAAGUUGAAUUGAAAAUCACACGCACGAGAGAAGCUGAUGGUAAAGAAGAUUUUGCACCUUCCAAGAAAAAUGUUGCCUCACGGAAGAAAAAAUCUGUCAGUCAGGAUGCUAGUAGUGAAGGAAGUUGUUCUGUGUCUAAUGCUUUGAUCAACGAUGGUGAGAGAUCUGUCAAAUAUAAUAUUGCAUUUGAUGGUUCAACGAACUGUGAUGAAAACAGGAAGCUGGGAAUGGACGUUGUUUCUUUUACAUUCACAUCCCCACUUAAGAAAUCUGUUUCUGAACCUCAUUCAGAUGAGGUUGUAAAAGUUAACCACAGCUUGGUCUUUGAUUCGUGUAGCGAGAACGAUUAUUUGCAGAACCUAUCAUCACUUUCACCGCAUUUAAACGACGUAAAUGGUGAUGCUUUAAGUGUUCUGUUGGAGCAAAAACUUCAAGAAUUGACAUCUAGGGUUGAGCCCUCUCAAUCAUAUAUGACAGGAGAAGGCAUUUUCGCUUGUUCCGGGUCCAAUUCGCAAAAUCUUUUUGCCACUUCAGAAUAUGCCAAAAAAGAAAAUGGCAUUAGUUGUAGAUGCUCAGAAAGCCCCCAUGAUUGUGACGACUUGUCAAUGGAUAGCAACGAACUGAUUGUCGAUAAAUGGCUGCAGUUUCAGGGAGCGAAAGACAUUAAAGAACCCGAAGAUAGUAACGACACUGAAACUGUUACCAUUAGUGGAUCUUCGAUUGAGGACGAGUCUUCCCCAGACAAUGGAAGUAGUAUCCAUGUUCAACAUGGUGAUACAAUCAAGUUAGAUCCAAAAAAUCUCUACUCAAGAAUGCUCGAUGAGACACCGGUAUUCGACUCUGCAUCAAGCAUCGAUGAGGAAGAUAAGUUUCAAACUCUUUCACCUACAAUGAUAAGUCCAAUAAAGAUCCAUAGAUCAAAUGACUGGGAACUGCAGUACGUGAGGGGAGUCCUAAGCAAAGCUGAGCUAGCAUUUGAAAACUUUACAUUAGGUGUUGUCAAUAACCUGGAGAUUGAGGAAAACAUCAAGUGCAACGAGCUCGAACAGAAGGUUCUGCUCGACUGUGUGAACGAGUGUUUGGAACGAAAGCUGAAACAAAUAGUAAUUGGAAGUUCAAAAACUCGGGUUCCAUGGACGAAACUGUUCGAGAAUGACUGUUUAGCAGAUGAGUUAUGGAAAGAGAUAGAGAGUUUGAAAUGCUCAGAAGAAUGGAUGGUAGAUGAGCUUGUGGAGAAGGAUAUGAGCACCACACAACACGGGAAAUGGCUCAACUUUGACAUAGAAGCAUCUGAAGAGGGGGUUCUGGUUGAGAAAUGGAUAUUAAGUUCUUUAGUUGAUGAACUGGUCAGUGAUUUGCUGAUCAUUGGGGAAGAAGCUUAAUCUUUUUCUUGGUCUGUUUCUUUUUUGGAUAUGAACAUAAGUAAUUGAUGAUGUAAAGUGAUCAGAUGGUGAGUUUCUUUAAUGAUUCUCUUAAUUUCCUUCUUGGAAAUGAAAACUCUUGUCAUACUGAUUGUCCUUCAUGUAUUGUAGAGCUGCUGCUGGCUGAUACCCAUGGAUUGGCAGACAUAUAUUCAGGCGAAGCUCUGAUAUCUACUUUCAACUA